CACCGCGACUGCACAUUUUUGACUGCGGAGAUUCUUGAUUGCAUGUAACUGUGCCCGAUAGCAGACAGGUCAGCACACUGCGCACCAGAAUACAAAGUACAAACACGACCGUGGUGGAAACCUGUGUACUGUGUAGAUGGACGGACGUCGACCUGCGCAAAGAUAAUCGGAGAAUCGUAAACCUUGCGAUUUGCGAAUGUCAGUCCGAUAGAAUUGGAAAUGUGUAAAACUGAUAAACAUCAAUCAUGGAACCGGCUUCAAAGUACUUAAAACUUAACUCUCCUCCUAACCUCAAGGAAGUUGGAAACCAAAAUAAAGAUGAACAAAAACCAGUUAUAUUAACUUAUGAUGUAUUACGAAUAAUAUUUCGAUUCUUGAGUACUCGGGAUUUGUGCAGUGUUGUCUCUACCUGCAGGUUAUGGAGAGAUGCUGCUAAUGAUGAAGCAAUCAUAAGAAACAAUCCUGAAGUUUCACUGAUGCAUGUCAAUCAUUUUCAUAGAUCAAACAAAAUAAAUGUAAAUAAUCUAUAUGACGCAAAAUCCAUAGGUACUGAUUUGCGAAUUAGGCCAUGUAUUGGAUUGAUUUUUUCUAAAGUUCAAGAAGAAAAUGAAUGGACUCCUGAUGGUUGUUAUUGUCAAAAUUUACCAACAAACAGUGAUGUGAUUUCAAUUGGAGGAUAUGACAUUGUAGAAAAUGAAACAAAGAUCUCAUCAGAAAUGGGAUUGAGUGUAGGUGUUUUUUUACCCAAAUUUGAAAAAUUAGAAAAACAUAUUUAUCAAUUAGAUGAAAGUAGAUUAUUGUUAUCCAACUUUGAAAAUCAUUUAGAUCUUAUUGUACACAACUUAUUACCAAGAGAAGAUGAAAAAUCUAAAUGUAUCAUAAUUUUAGAAACAUCAGAUGGUUAUGAUGUAAGUCAGACUGUGAUGAACAAACUAAAAAAGAGUUACAAGCCUGGUAGUAUUGCUCUCUGGGGUGGAAUAUGUGUAGGGAUGAAUUUGUGCCAAGUAAACAAAACUUCAGUAUGCAAAAAAAAACCUUUGUGGACUGCAAUUUCAUUAAGCAGUCCAACUUUACAAUCUUAUUCUAUUGUAUUGAAAAAUAAUUGCUGCAAAGAGCAUCUGAUGAGAGAAAAGUUAGAAAAUUUUAAAACUAAUAUUCAACUGAAAAAAUAUUCUGUGGCUUUUAUGUUUGCAUGCUGUGCACGUUUGGAUAUGAAAGAUACAGAAGUGACUGUUUUUAAAAGUAUAUUUCCUAAUGUUCCACUUGUGGGUCUUCAUGGUGAUGGAGAGAAUGGCUUGGACACAUUAAAUAAAAAAAGAGAAAAGAGCUUAAAGCACGGAUAUUCCACAGUAUUUAUGAUUUUAACAUACGAAUAAGAAAGCCUUGGACGUGCAUUUUUCUACGAUUCAUCUUUGUUAUGUGAACGAAAAUGAAGGUCAAUAUUUAAACUUGAGAUUCGAAUUUUCUAUCUAUAGCUAUUUUUCGUGACUUUGUACGUUUGAAGAAUGUAAAUGAAUAAAAAUAACGUAUGAGUCUAUUUAAUACAAUCAUUUCAAUCGCAGAACGGAAGUAAGUGAUGCGCGAUUUUGUGCGUAUCUAUGUAAACCAGUGGUAUGAAAAGCCAUAUCUAGUUAAUUACGUUAACGCAUGAUAAUUUUUACGUACGUGCAUUCGUUUCACAUUGUUAAACAGAUAACAAAUACCAAUUUUAAUACUGUUAGUAAACUAAACAAGUCGAAUCUAAAUCGGUUGACUGGAAACGUCUAAUAAUUUAUAUAAAAGGAAGCGGGUUCGGUUAAAAAGAUUUAGUUGCGCGCUUGUUUUUGAAUGUAAUUUAAAACUAACAAAAUUUCAUAAUUGAUCGUGAUAGUUUGUAUUCACGAAACAUUCAUUGAGAAUUUGUUAUAUGAGAUACCUCAAAGUUAAAUAAAAUUCAAAUUAUGAUCAUUA